AUCUACCAGCCAUUUCUUAUUUUACUAUCGUAGUCGCAAGAAGUGAAUUCCUGAUUUCUAAAUUCGUAAUUUCGUUUUGACCUUUUGAACCUCUUGGAUGGAAUCCUCCACGGAUUCUCGUCAUUGUGUGAAACAAUUCAGUGAAAAAUAAGAUGUAAAAAAUAAAUUAAAAUUUAACUUGCAUUAGUGAACCGUAAAAAUGGUAAUGUAAUCAGAUGUGUAUCGAAUUCUGUGAAUUGACGGUGAUAAUAGUGUACAUUUUCGAUUUCCACCGGAAGAAACAAAUGACAUGAAUAAAGUAAACAAAAAGAUUGAACAAGGGUAGAGAAAAAAAUAAUAAAAAAAAAAAUAAAAAUACACCACACAAAGUUUAAACCAAAAACACAAGUUUUCUGCCUACAGAGCAUAUGUAUCCUAGCGCAUUUUUGCGUACAUAAUUACUUUUAUUCUUCGGUCGAGAAGUACAGAAAAGUAGAGAAAAAAAAAACAAAAUAGAAAAAGACACGACAACGCAUAGCAGACAGGCAGCAAGCAAAACAUCAAAUACCAAUCAGCAGACAGUCGUCAGUCAACGAAUUUAGCAUCCCAGUGAAGUGAACCAGGCAUAACACAACAUUAUGGCGAGUGAAAUUGACGAGCUCAUUGAAAAGCUAAAAGCAGCCACCGUAAGUCCCACCGAUAAUACAGAGAAUACCAUCGAAGUGUUGAGUGAGUUGGCUGCUACAAAAGACCCAAAACUUUACGAUAAAUAUGAGAUAGCAGACAAUUUUCUAAUAUUAAUCCAAUGUGAUGACAUAAAUGUGCGUAAAGAGGCUUCCAAAUGCAUAGCAGAGUUGACAAAGUCAGAGGAACAACGUAAAAAGUUCACAAAACCAGAAAUCAUUAAAGCCUUCAUUGACUAUCUGCGUGUUAUGGUUGAAAAUGACUCGGACGAUAUGGAGCUAACAAUACAAAAUUGCAGAGCUCUGGGUAACAUUUGCUACCUUAACGACGAUGCCCGCGAAAUUAUACUCGAUCUAAAGGGAGAUAUGGUAUUAAUAAGAUUGCUCGACAUAACAGAUCUAAAGGAUAAAACAAAUGCCCUGCAAUUUGUAAAGGUGCGUGGCGGCCUGCUGUCCAAUUAUUUACUUGGUGGCGAGACACUAGCGAAACGGGCAAUGGAUCUUAACAUAAUGGCAAAAAUCUCAAAUAUCAUUACUAUUGGCGUUGAGAAUGUCGAAGAGAAUGAAGAUUUGUUGCUUAAUACCCUGCCAAUCAUGAGUAUUCUGACGGAGAAUGUUGCGGACCUAAAUUUUGAAGCCAAUCUGAACUUGCAGCUUGCCCGUGUCUUGGCCGCAUCAACAAAUCCCGAUUUAGCGGAAAUGUGCCUUGAACUUUUACAUUAUCAAGCCGAAAAUGACGAUGUAAAAGUAUUGCUUGCAAAAGAUGGGCUCUGCGAAACAAUCUAUCAGUUAUUGGAAAAAUACAAAACACUCGCACGAACAAGUGAAGCUCGAGCUCUCAUGAAAUUGGCUUGUGAACUAAUCGUUCUAGUUUUAACCGGAGAUGAAUCUAUGCACUACUUGUAUACAACAUCAUUAUUGAAAAAUAUGGAAAAUUGGCUAGACUCUGAUGAUGUGGAUCUAUUGACUACCGGCGUUCUAGCUCUGGGAAACUUUGCCCGCACAGAUAGUCAUUGCAUUCAUAUGGUUGAGAAUAAGACAAUGAAUAAACUUUUGGAUGUACUGGCAAAGAAUAAUGGCGUCCGAGACGAUGUGCGCCUGCAGCAUGCAUUACUCAGUACGUUACGCAAUCUGGUCAUUCCGAAGGCAAACAAAAGUGCCGUCAUACAAGCGGGUCUUGUAGAGACUAUACUGCCUAUGCUGGAAAUACAUCAACCACCUGUAGUUUUUAAGUUACUGGGCACGUUGCGAAUGACAGUCGACGGCCAAGAAAAACUUGCCUUGGAACUAUUGAAAAACACGGCACUAAUGGACCAAUUAGUUCAUUGGAGUAAGAGCUCAGAUUAUGCAGGCGUAACAGGCGAAUCAUUUCGCCUAAUGGCUUGGCUUGUCAAACAUGCAUACCUGAGUAAAAUUGCAUACGCCUUGCCACGUAAAGGUGACGCUCCAGCCGAACAAUUGGCGGACAAAAUACCCAAUAUGGAAUACGAUCGCAGCAGUUUGGAUGUAUUCAUAAAUCAUGAGGGGACCAUUGAGGCAAUGGUUAACAUGCUUACAUCUCAGCAUUUAGUCAUGCAAAACGAGGCGUUGAUUGCACUAUGUAUUCUCUGUGUUGUCUACUUGAGUACAUCAUCUGGAGCAGUUGAAUCAGCUGCGAAAUUGCAAGACUCCUUUAUUGAGCACGAUGUUGGAAAGAAAUUGGCCGAGCUCAUUAACAAGUCUUCAGACUCGAUGACAAAGGAAAUUGUGGAAAAUCUACAAAACUUUAUUAACCUCUUACGUACCUCCGAAAAGUUAGUGGGUCACUUGGAGGCCCACAACAUAAGUGAAUUGUUGAAAACGAUACCGAUUUUAACAGAGUAUUGCACAAUAUAAGUGAUUUAAUGUAAACAGCGAGUGAGAUUUUUGUUUGUUGCCGCCGUCGGACACACAGGACAAAUAUGAUUUUGAUAUUAGGGAAAUGUAUUGGUUGGGUUUCAAGACAAAGUUAGCCUAUAGACAAAACUAAACUGUUGCACAAUGUAAUCCAAAAUUGGUGAUGAUGUACCGAGUUCAUGAAAUGAAUUUUUUUUUU